AUGACCCCCAGUCACGCUGGCGCCCUUCCUGUCGUACACUGGGACGCCACCCUUUCCGGCGUUCUGGGGUCGCAUCCGCCCCCAUGGCGCCAACAAGUGGGCGUACUUGCGGGCCUCACCCUCCAUCGAUUGACCCGCCCCCACGCCCAUUUACCGACGAACCGACCAGCCCGAGAACUCCGCUAUGCAGCAAGCAGAAUCAGAGGCGCGAAGUCUUGGAAGCUGCACGCCCGGACGCCUGCCCACCAAACCAACCUCCGGCGCCGCAACGAGUUGAGGCAACGGACCGCACCCGCACCUCCCCAGCCGGCUUCGGUGGGUGAUCUAAACCCGGACGACUCGCAUCCACAGCUUCAAGAAGGUCAUCAGGACGCUGCAUACGAGCAGCGUGUUUGGGCAUGGCUGACCGCUUUGAUGUCGCUGAACAACGGGCUCCCUGGCCCAGACAACAAUCCGAGGUCUUUAGAUGCCGACCUCGUGGCCUUGCAUGCACGCGACCGUGCUCUGCCGCCCAGCGCUUCGGAGCAAACUGAUGAUGCACCAAACAUUGGACAUCAGACUGCACAGGGUUCAAGUUGGCCUGGCAUAAUUGCAACGGAGGCCACUGCCAUCGUAGCCAACAAGGACAAUCCGAUGGGUGGACAAGACACGCCUGCGGCACCCGAGCCCCCCAUUAUGUGUAUUGACAAGAGAUCUGACCGCGUGGACAUGAGCGCAUGGACCUGGUGGCAUCCCUUUUGA